AUGGCCGCCACUCGCAGCAUCAAAUUGGGAGACGGUGCUGUCGGCAAGACCUGCCUGCUCAUCUCGUACACGACUAACGCGUUCCCCGGCGAAUACGUCCCCACCGUAUUCGACAACUACAGCUCCCAGGUCAUCGUGGAUGGCAUGACUGUCAGCCUCGGAUUGUGGGACACGGCCGGUCAGGAGGACUACGACCGUCUCCGCCCCCUGUCAUACCCCCAGACGGACGUCUUCCUGCUCUGCUUCUCCGUCGUGUCACCAGCAUCCUUUGAGAACAUCAGGACCAAGUGGGAGCCGGAAAUCAGACAUCACUCCCCCGGCACGCCCAUCAUCCUUGUUGCGACCAAGCUGGACCUGCGAGAGGACCCCGUGGCGAUUGAGAAGAUGCGCGAGAGGCGGCAACAGCCUGUGCAGUACGCGCAGGGCCUGGCGAUGCACAACGACAUCAAGGCUGCGCGGUACCUGGAGUGCUCUGCUCUGACGCAGAUGGGCCUGAAGACUGUGUUCGACGAGGCGAUCCGCACUGUCCUGAACCCCGGCCGUCGCUCUGGCAAGCCCAAGCAGCGAAAUGGCUGUGUGCUGAUGUAA